AUGUCCCUUUCACCCUCAACUGGCCCCGGUUCUCCAUACUCUUCAUAUUCCACAUCCCCCCGUUCUCAGUCUCCUUCUCUCAAGAAAGUUCGGAAGCAAUACACUUUAACACGACGUCGUGAGAUUUGGACGGACGAAGAGCAUUCAAAGUUCGUUGAAGGGUUAUCUUUAUAUCACAAAGAUUGGCGUCGUAUUCAACAACACGUGGCGACAAAAACGGUCGUUCAAGUCAGAAGUCACGCUCAAAAGUAUUUUAUGAAGCUUAACCAAAACGCUCCACCUCAAACAACUUUCUUGGACGUCCCUAAACUCAAUUUCCUCGACGAAAAACAAGAUAAAUUCUCGCCAAUCGGAAGGUCUAACAGUUGCCCAUCUUCCCCAAGAGCUCUCUCCCUUCUCGACAGAUCACCUUCGGCUUUUUCCCCAAUACAAAACUCCGCAAAUUACGUCCAAAUCGACGGGUUUCAACAGCAAAAACAGUUCCAGCCGUUUGCCGUGCCACCCUGUCAAACAAACUCAUUCACUUUAUAUUAG